CCGGACUCCGACAGGUUGAAAUAUAAAAUGGCCCAUCCUGGCAUCUUCCUGCAGGAUCAAGUUCUUGAUGGACGGUUGAUUGGUUGAAGAUUAGUGCUACCACGAGCUGGUGAUUAGGGACCAUUUCGAAUGGCGCUGGCGCAGCCGCACGGCGCGGCACAAACCACAGAUCUAGUCUUCUAUAGAUUCCCCCACAGAUCUCGAGCGCGCGCACCAGGUCCUGGAUCGACCCCGGGACCCGCGCGGCUCCUACACGGCAGCCCACCGGUCGCCACACUUGCUCGCAGCAGUUGACCGUGAUCCCGACGAAGAUGGCCGCCGGCGGCGACCUGGGCAGCCUCGCCGCCGUCGUGGCCGCGGUGACCGCGUGCAUGUGCUACGCCCGCUACGCCGCGCGCCGUUUCCGCCCGGGCCUGCCCCGCCUCGCCGCGCUCCUCCCCGUGCUCGCCGUGCUCCCUUUCCCCCCGCUCGCCUUCCGCGCGCUCCACCUCCGCGCCAUCUCCGCCUUCUUCCUCGCCUGGGUCGCGGAGUUCAGGCUCCUGCUCCUCGCAUCCGGCCAGGGCCCGCUCCACCCGUCGCUCCCGCUGCCCGCCUUCGUCGCCAUCGCCACGUUCCCCGUCACGCUGCGGGAUCCCAAGAAGUCCGCCGCCGCGAGGCCGGGCCUCGGGCUCGUCGAGUCUGCCGCCAUGGUGGCGCUGCUCACGGCCGUCGUGUCGCUGUACCGGUACGAGGAGCGGAUCAACGGGUACGUCCUGCUCGCGCUCUACUCGGUGCACAUGUAUCUCGCGCUGGAGCUCGUCCUGGCGGCGUCCGCGGCGGCGGCGCGCGCGCUGCUGGGACUCGACCUGGAGCCGCAGUUCGACCGGCCCUACCUCUCGUCCUCGCUACGGGACUUCUGGGGCCGGCGGUGGAACCUCUCCGUGUCCGCGCUGCUCCGGCAGGUCGUGUUCCGCCCCGUGCGCGCGCGCCUCGGCGCCGCCGCCGCGGGGGUGCUCGCGGCGUUCGCCGUGUCCGGGCUGAUGCACGAGGCCAUGUUCUCGUACAUCACGCUGCGGCCGCCCACGGGGGAGGCGACCGUGUUCUUCGCGCUGCACGGGGCGGGCGUGGUGGCGGAGUGGUGGUGGGCGGCGCACGAGCGGUGGCUGCGCCCGCCGCGCGCGCUGGCGACGCCGCUGACGCUGGCGUUCGUGGCCGUGACAGGGUUCUGGCUCUUCUUCCCGCCGAUCACCAGGCCCGGAGCCGACAAGCAGGUGAUCGCCGAGUCCGAGGCGAUGGUCGCGUUCGUGAGGGACGCCGCGGGAUGGGCGGUCGACUCCGCCCGGUCAAUCUUGUCCGGCCGCUCGUAGAUUGUGGGUGGCCGGGCGCCGUGCUAGCGCUUGUUGUGGUUCUUGAACGUUCGCGAGAAUCGGCUGUCAAUUUUGAGUGCUGAUUAUUGGUACGGGUGCCAUUUGUGCAUUAUAUGAUGUAAAACUCCUAUUACUAUUACUACACAUCGAUAUCUUAAGAACAUUUACACACAGUGAA